CAAAUCUGUUACAACAAAAGCAAAAUUUCAGUGCAUCAGAAAAUUUUCCAUGUUAGUCGGGCGUUCAUAUCAUUAAGCUGCAACCUGACGCGGGAUUCGUAAAUUGUCAGUCUCCAGGCGCUGGUACUAUGACGAAAUAAGUAUUCGUUAAUAAUAUAAUGGAAAGUUCUUGCACAAACAUCGAAUUAGAAUGGGUUGAACACACUAAUUCAACAUGGGCCAUGAAAGACUGUGACGGCAUAGCGAGCCGUGACCUGGUGCAGUCCAUGUAUGAUAUUUUAAUUCAAAACAAAGAGGUAAGGUUAAUCCCAACUGGCCCGACUUCACACAACGAUGCACACAUUUUACCCUGCUUCAAAUACGAAUGUCCUUCCCACAGUGAGCUAAAUCAUUAUAUCACAACAUUGCUGACAUCCCAGUAUGACUUGGCUAAAGAGGUGUGCUCUUCUUUGCAAUUUCCCAUCAUUUCGAAACAGAGGCUGUUGAUUUUAAAGCGAAUGUACCAUGCCUUGUUGAGUAAGUACCACGACAAGGAAAAGCAGGAGCCGCCCGAGCCUCCCUUGGCCCCCACUGCUUCAGUUGUGCCAAGGGAGACCCUGUCUGGCUCACAGGCCCUGCUAGAAAUCGGUGUCAAAACUGGCCUAAGCCUCCUGUUCUCGCUCCUACAACAAAACUGGCAAGUCAGCGGCAUUUUAGGCAUAUCGUCCCUUUGCAAUUCAGUGCUGGAGUCCACCGUCGAUUUAAUACAAAAGUUGCCACCUCUGUGCUUGUCGAAUGACUCCCAACUAACACCGUUGGGCACCAGCAGCUUGGAGCAGGUCUCCAACUUUUUAAAGGAUGCGAUACUGCACGAGUCCGCCGCCGACUCGCGGGGCAAGCUGCUCUCCUCCGAAAUAUUGUUGGGUCUGGCCCUGCAGAGGGGCUCACUCAGGUAUCUGUUGGAGUGGAUCGAGCUGGCGCUUGAGGGGUCGUGCAAGGAGCAGGACACGAUUAAAAGCCAGCUGUUCCGUAAGGCGAUAACGCAGCUGGAGGGGGGCAAACAUAAAAUCAGGCCGGAACUGCUUAAGAAUGAGGGGGACGAGAUUAGCUUGUACAAGGCGGCAAUUUGUUUGAUGGAGGUGUUGGCGUCGAUGGCCAUCGACUACGGUGGUGCCUGUUCGGCCGUGGAGUCGUCCACGUCCGACUCUGAGUUGGGGGUGUUCGAGAAGAGUGACGUUUACGUUUGGGGUAGCAACUCCUCGCACCAACUGGCUGAGGGCAGCCACGAAAAAAUACUGUUGCCAAUCAAGUCGAAAAUCUUCAGUCAGGUGCAGCAGAUUGAAGCUGGCCAAUACUGCACCUUCGCCAUCCACUGGGAUGGCUACGUGAGCGCCUGCGGGAAGGGCAGCUACGGCAGGCUGGGACUGGGCGAGUCGUCGAACCAGAGCCUCCCCAAGCGUGUGCUGCUCGACAGCGUCGUUAAGAAACUGUCGAGCUCCAAGGGGAGCGACGGUCACACUUUGGCGUUGACGGAAAGUGGCCUCGUCUAUAGUUGGGGAGACGGUGAUUAUGGCAAGCUGGGACACGGGAACUGCGCCACCCACAAACAACCCGAGAGAAUUGCCGGCCCUUUCCUGGGCAAGACCAUCAAGUUCAUCAAUGCAGGUUACCGCCACAGCGCAGCGAUAACGGACGACGGCAAGCUGUACACGUGGGGCGAAGGCGACCACGGCCGCCUCGGGCACGGCGACAACAGCGGCCGUCACCUGCCCACGCUGGUGGCCGACCUGUCCGACGUCGGUUCGGUGGCGUGCGGCAGCUCGCACACGUUGGCCGUGUCGCGCGAUGGUAAAACGGUCUGGUCCUUCGGGUCCGGGGAGCACGGCAAGCUGGGACACGGCGAGAUCGCCAAGGUGUACAAGCCGAAGGUGAUCGAGUACCUGCAGGGGCUGGUGGUGCAGAAGGUGUGUGCCGGCACCACCUUCUCCAUGGCUCUCACCUCCAUGGGUCAAGUGUAUACUUGGGGUAGUGGUCCGAUUCUUGGUUUGGGUUCUGCUGAUGCCAUCUGCCUGCAGCCGUUGCUGGUGGAAGAUUUAACGCCGUACAGGAUUGUGGAUAUAUCGGCUGGUGAUACACAUUGUCUGGCUUUGACUGAUGAACACGUGGUGUUCGCCUGGGGCACAAACAGCAUGGGGCAGUGUGGACAAGGGCACAUCACCACCCCAGUCUGCAGACCACUGAAAGUUGUCGGACUUAGUGGCGUUAACAUACGCCAAAUCAGUGCUGGUACCUCACACUCAAUCGCCUGGACGUCAAUACCGAUAGAAAACCAGCACGUAACCAAACACAAACCGUUCUGUCUCGAUUUACAUGAAAAAACCUUCGAUUACUUGAAAAUCUUCCUGGAAAAGUACACGGUGUCGUUCACGUACGACAAACCACCACCACCUUUCAAAACCCCAGAAGAACAUCAACGUUUUGUUCUCUUAAGUUUGAAGUUGCUUUGCACCCAUCUUAAUUUGUGCAUUGGGGGUAAUUUGAAUAAUUCGUUCCUCAGCAAGCACGCCAAGUCGUUGAGGACUGUUUUGUUCAGAUUGGUGGACAUAAACGCACCAUCCGAAAUCCACUCGACGUCCUGCGAGCUGUUGAACAUCGGAGCCCCGCUGUUGCUGCCGCAGCUGCACGAGAGGGUGGAGUUUCUGCACGCCCACCUCUCGAGCGGCGCCCAACUGUCCCAAGGUCAACAGAUGUUACUCGGCAUAAUCCUGAACAGCCUCGAAGAUCCUGUCCACAUAGCCGCACUGCUGGGCUACAGCAGCGUGCCGGAGAAGCUGAGCGCCGACGACUUACAACUGACCGGUACUCUAAUGGACACUUUGUUGCAGUCUUUUUGUACCUACACUAUGGAGACGCUGGAGAGCAUGGCCGCCUUCAUGGAGAGCAAAACUAAGUCCAAGUGGCAAAAGAUACAAAACCCGAGGAUAGCCAACUUACAGAAACUCCUGUCGUCGCUCCAAAACCACUUGCUGGCACAUUUCAGCGUGGCAGACCAAAGCGAGGUCGAAAAAUCGACGCUGGACAGUGACAUCCUCAACAACCACCUGAAACAACUGUUCACAUUGGGAGCUAACAUUUUUACCAAGGCGGCGGAGAUUGUGGAGACGCACCCCAGCAGUUUGGAGCUUUUGUACAACGUCUUGUUGGAUUCCGUGGCCGGCUCCAUGUUGUUCAAGAUACUGAGCUCGCUGCUUUUAAUACCCAGCAGCUUCGCCAAGAACCUCCUCAAUUUACUUUUGGAGAUGCUGGACCCUUUGGACAGAUUCACGCAGCUUCUCCCCAUAGAAAUAUUAAUCGAUAACGAUAAGGAUUCAUCCAGGUCUGAAACGCCUACCCUUGCCCAACUGGCGGAGCAGUCCUGGAUUUGGAUCAUAGACAUGCAACGCACCUGUUCUCUACUGAUAGGCCAGUGCUUGGGCGGCAUGUUGAUUGGGGAGCCACCUACGAGGGACGAACUGUACUGUCGCAAUUGGUUGACCAACGAGCUGUUCUCGUGCGGCAUCGAGAACGAUAACAUCGAGUUCUUCUCCAUGUUCGAGAUCUCGUACUUCGUCCUGGCGCCCAAGGGGCUCGACUACAUAUUCCUGGAGAACCUGCCCGGGCACAUACAGACCUACAUUAAGUUGGCCUUCAAUUUGCCCUUCCAGUACGACGAGGCAUGCGCAGUGACUGGCGAAGAGGCAGACGAGAAGAAUGACUUCUAUAAAUCACUCAUAGACAACUCCAACAUAGAGACGUGGGACUUCGACGACGACGAGGGGAAGCUGCUCGACGUGGUCGUUAGAUGCUUCCUUAUAACGGCGUUGAAACAAACAGGGUUAAUACAAAAAACCCCCGACCAUCCGGCCGUCAAGGAGGUCUUCAAAUACGUCCUGACGUUGAGACAGAAAUUAAUCAGCCUGAUGUGCAACUCCAAGUACAACGAGGACGAGGAGAAGCCGGAAGUGGAGAAGGAGUACGACCAGUCGAGUGUCAUUAGUGAUGGCAAGAACUCCAACGGGGCAGCUUCGCCCGAGGAAGAGACGUUCGAGAAGUUGUGCCAAAAGAUGCUGCAACGUUGUUUGUUCCUGAUUAUUUAUAUUAAAGGAAUAAACGUGGAAAUCCUGCCGGGCAACAGCAGCAACUCAGACGAAGACAUUGAAGCCGAAAAAGCCUACGUGGACUUCUAUAACAGCGGCAGGGAGUCCUCAAGUUUUGCCAACCUCAGGAGGAUUUGCAACUACUGCAUAAAUUUCGUGCUGAAUGAGCCCACCGAAAAACUUCCACUGACCACGACGGGGGACAAGAAGUACGGCUGGAGUACUGAUCCUCUGGUGCUCCUCAGGGCCUUCAUAGCCCAGAAGCAGCGUGCCAACAGUCGCUACACCAGCUUGGAUAAGCUGUUGUUCCUGCUUGUGUCCAAGGAUCCCACACCCACAGUCCUAAACUGCAUACAACAGCAACUGUUGUCUGGAGUCUUCGGCUUUUGUAACGUCAAAACGGACGACACCAACCAAUUGCCCCGCCACUACCUGGACGGCAUCCAGGCUUCGCCCUCCGAAAUCCAGGACAAGAUUUCCAAAGUGGUCCACAACAUCUACGAGUUCCUGACCACCUCUUUGAAAGAGCAGAUAGCCGCCAAAAGUGACAAUAAGCAACUGCUCUUGGUGACCGUCUUUGCUCUCAGCACCCGUUACCAACCCCAGGACUUGGGGCUGAUUAUCAACAACAACCUGCUGGUGCUCCUAACCCAAAUUACUAGCGUCCACUCCGAUUACUGCGGCCUGCUAACCAAAAACGACGUCCUAAACAUAGCCGCCAACAGGCUCAUACACAUUAUUUCGCUGUCCUGUUGCAUCUACUCCAAGAAGCUGGAGUUGCCCAUCGUGGAGAACGUGGUUAACAUAUUGUACGAGCAGUUCCUGAAGACCAUGGAGGUGUUCAAUGAGAGCUGCAACGCCAGCGCCAGCAACAGCAUUUUCAACGAGCAAAACAGCGAACGCCUGCUGGGAGACUUCUUGAUCUUCCUCAGGAUAAUAUCCUCCAGUCGUAUAAUACAAAAAAUCCUGGCCAGCAAGAAUUGGAUAGACGCCCUGCUGGCCAUCCUGGACAUGUCCAACAUGAACGUCACGUACUCCGCCCAACUGAAGGUGUUGAGGCCGAAGCUGUUCAUUUUGCAGCUCCUGCAACUGAUUUUACCGGGGCUGAAGGCCAAUCACAUUGACGAAGAGUUGCGGGAGCACAUAAUCGGCAAGUUGUUCAGUCAAAUGGGCAAGGAGGCGUGGAGCAUCCCCAAGACACUGCAAGAGCAAACGCAGGAGUCUGAAAUCGGCAGCUGUUGCAAAAUUAGGGACCUGUACAACAAGGAGUCGGAGGGCAACGUCCCGGUGCACGACAUGGGCUUCGACAUAGAGAAGUGCUACAACUGCAGCAUAGAGAGCAACCUAACUUUAGUGCACGGCUCCGGGGGUAGAGGCUACGGCCUGGGGCUGCAAGCCAUCAGGUCGGGCUGUUACCAGUGGAAGAUACUGAUCGUCAAGGAAAACCGGGGUAACGAGGGCACCUGCAUCGGGGUGUCCAAGUAUCCGGUCAAGGACUACAGCCACCGCUCCACCAACGACAUGUGGCUGUACAGGGCGUACAGCGGCAGCCUGUACCACAACGGCGAGCGCGACAUGAGCUUCCAGAGUUACACGCAGGGCGACUACAUCACGGUCAUCCUGGACAUGGACGCCAAGACUCUCAGCUUCGGCAAGAACGGCGAGGAGCCGAGGAUUGCCUUUGAGAACAUCGACGCCCCCGAGCUGUAUCCCUGCGUCAUGUUCUACAGCACCAGUCCGGGGGAGAAGGUCAAAAUCACCGACAUGAAAGUGCACGGCACUCAAAGGGACUUGUUGCCUGGUGAGCCCAAUUUGGCGCCCCUAACUGCCGUAUUGUUGGAGGCCUACGUGGGACUGGUGAGGAAGCUGCACAGCUCCACCAUCUGGACGAAGAUUGUGAACAAAACGUUGCUGGCAAAGUUGAACAAAAUCACGGAGUUGUUCCCGCAAGGUGGCGCCCACAAUGAACUAGCUGAGGCGGAAGAACCGGCCAUACAAUCCGCCCAACUGUGUGCCGAAGUUUGGCCGGCUUUAAUUGUGAUUGGAGGUUUGGAUCGUGGCUUAAGAAUGGGUGGUUAUUGUAAACACAAGUCCACCGGCAAGAAGGCCAUAGUUUUAGGUAUUCUUAAACGUGGUACCACCACAGUGAACGUACAAUGGGAAGGAGAGGGUGGAGUUUCAGAUAUUUCACUCUCCAAUUUGGAAUAUAUUGAGCCUAGUCCGUUCGUCAUUGCCAAAUUUACAGGUAUAACUCCAGCAAUAUUGUAUCAAAUAACCCGUUUAAGCGGCAUAACAGAUGAAAUAACUCUCCCCCGUUACAACCUGUCCCGGGACGAAGAGAAUCUCAUUAACCCCGACAAAAACACCUGGUGCACCGACAACUUGAGGUCGAACUCCGACUCGUUCUUCAACAUGAACAACUCAGACAAGAAAAGCCCGCCACGCACCAUGGAAUCUCUGACCAACGAAAUGGUGUCCAACAUCAUGGGCGAAGUCAAACGUCUGAGCAAGGAGAAGCUGACCGGAAGCCAAAGCGAGUGCGCCAUCAAAGAGAACGUGGACAUGGUCAACAGGAGGAGCCCGGACAAUUUGGAGGCCAAACUGUUGGAAAAGAAGCUGCUUGACAUGGAGGAGAAGUGCCUCCAUCUGUCGUUCCUGCAGUUCGCAUCUUUGAAAGUACUCGGUCUGUUCCUGACCUACAGCUCGUUCACCAAGUUGUUCCUGAUAAACGGCAACCCGGACGACAAGAAGAACAUCAAGGAAAUCAUGACGUGUCUGGUCGACAAAAGCGUGGCCCAGUGCAAGCUGAAGAACAUUGUCUCCAUUGCUGACAUGGAACGAGUGCUCUCAGUCCUGCACCUAAGCUACACCAAAGCUAGGAGUUACGAGGACACAAUUGAGGCUGACGUCAGAGACAACGCCGCCUCAGUGGGUUACGAAAUAUUUCAAAACGCCUCCUCCACGUCGUGGAACAGCGAGGCGAGUUGCAGCUCAAGAAGCUCAGACUUGAACACCCCGAAGGUCACCAAGCCUCGUCUACCUUCGUCUUUGACCAUACAAAAUCCGUUUCCCUCAGCUGGAAGCAUCUAUUACAGUUCUUUAGGUAACAGCCCCAACAUGCCAUCCAGCACCAGGUCACGAAACUUGUUUUCAUCAGACUCGGAGGACAACUUGUGGAGGCUGAGGCGCCGGUCCAAUUCGCCGCCCCCACCGCCCAUUGCGGCACCCCUCCUCGAAAUGGGCUUCAACCUGCGACACAUACUUAAGGCCGUCACCGAAACAAAGUGCAGCGGCGACGUGAACGCCCAAAACGUCAACGUACUGGCCACCUGGAUGUUGGAGAAUCCGUUCGUGGAGGGCGCCGAGGAGGAUCCGGGCAACCACAACCCCUCCGGCGCCUCCAACAUGUUCCGCACCGUUAUGGAACGGUCCCAAGAGCUGAUACGCCAACAAAGUCUGGACAGCGCCGAAAUGGAGGGAGCCCAACGCCGCGGCGGUUUGGGUUCCCGGCGCAGGGGCUGCACGGACCUAACCAACGUCAUCGAACGAGUGCGGGAAAGGCAACACGUCCGGGGCGAAGCCCAUCCUCUCCUCGUCCAUCCAGGGUGCUACGAGUCGCCGAUGAACGACGCCUACAUAGACGGCGCCACCAACGACGCAGCCGAGUACGUGAACGUCAUGAGCCCCAGCGGGCUUUGUCCUUACUGCGACCAGCACGCUCCGUAUCUGGUCAAGCAUCUGAUGCUGCACCACUCCGGAUGUAGUGUACCUCUGGGACGCGGCUUUUGUGGCAACCCCAUUGAUGAUCACUACGGCUUGUGCGCCAAGUGUAAGAGUAAAAGCGGCAAUAGGAACGUCAGGGAGAACGCCCUGCAGGCUGUGGCACCGGAUAUAAUAUUCGAUGAGGACGACAUGACUGAGGUCGACAUUCAACUACUGAAAACUGUGCCGGAAAUUGAAGAAACAGAAAAACUUAGGUUGUAUUUGGGUUCUACUGACAAAGAUUUCAGAGUUGAGACCAUAAAAUGUGAUAAACUAGAUGCACUAGGUACUUGUGCCGUACCUAAGGUCACCCAGGAGCAAGAGAAGCAAAAUGAAGUGCAGGUUAAGUUCAUUGGUAAUCAAGCUAUGGGUUUAACUUCAGCCAUGGAUAGAAUGGUGGCGUUGCAGCAUCUUAUACAAUCAAUUCACAUUUUGGUGUCCAGGUCCAUUGUGUUAAAUAUAUUGUCACUUCUAUCCAUCAGUACCAACUAUGUUACACUUGUGGACUGCUUAGAAAUGAUUGGUUUGUCAGACAUAACAAAAGUAGUCAGGCUGAUGCGUUUGACAGCCAUGAAUCGUUGCGAAAUAAGUAACAUACAGAACAACCAGGAGUUCCCCAUUUUACAAGUACCUAAAGACUUCUCCCAGUUGGUUACCCACUUGUCCACAUCAGCAAAUAGUUGCCUGAACUACUUAAGCAUCAGCAUCGCCGCCCUAGCCCAGAACAAAGUCAAAUCAUCCAAUUUGGUGGUAAAAAUGUGCACUAAAGAUCUCUUAACUUCCGCCUUCGGCGUCGUAGUACAGAAGUCAAGCUUCGCCGUCACUCAAGCCCUGGUUAAUAUCCUAUCAACCCACGGAGGCUGCUCACUCAUGGACCUGCCCAAGGAAGAGGUAACUGCCAGCCCAGUCACCAAUCCCAACAACGUCAAACCUCUGGCCCUGGUGAACGCUUUGUCCGCCUACAUAUUGUCCAAAAGAAUGUCCACCGUGGCCGAGAACAAAGAGUGGGCCGCCCAGCAGCUGUACAAGUCGGUGGCGACCAAAAUACAAAUGCUGUCCGGCGCCUACGAGCAGCUAAACUACGCGGACCUGUCCAACUUCAUGCCCCAACAAAACGUCAACUAUCUCCGAGGGCACGACAAUAGAGUGUCCACUCUGGCCUACCACGACAAAAGCCAACUGUUGGCUACCGCCGGCUGUGACGGCACAGUCCGACUCUGGUCCAUGGAUAAAAGCCAGCAGAACGUCCAGAUAACACCCCUGGUGUUCCACGUGUCCACAGACGUGUUCGGCAACGAGCUACAAGGCAGGCUGAUUGGACACCUGACUUGGUCGCCUAACGGCGACUUCAUAGCCGCCGCCAUGGACAACGUGCUCAACAUUUGGACGAUAAAGAAGAACGAACAAACCGUCGUGUUCAAAAACAUGUUCAUCGAAGACCAACGAGACUUCAUCACGGCGAUGACCUGGCCCAAGUACAAAAACGAGGAGAACGAGGACAAGAACUACCUCCUGGUUGGGAAAAUUGACGGGUCGGUGUCUUUGAUCACCUUCCACAACGAGGAGAAGCAUCUGCAACACCUGGACGUGGUGAAGAACUUCAGUUUGACUCAAGCCGUCGUCCACAUCGACUGGCACCACGAGGACAAGGCGUUCGCCAUCGGCUAUCUGGGCGGCAUCCUGAAGUUGGGCUGGAAGGAGGCGAACAGCAUCACGCUGCGUGCGCACGACUUCACCAUCACCGGUCUGCGCUGGGACCCGCGGGGCGCCCUGCUGGCCACCAUCUCCACCGACCUGUCCUGCAAGAUAUGGCGGGAGGAGGAAGGCAAGCUGGUCACGGUGCACACUCUAAUGCAACCUUACGAGCCCGUUUCCCUUGCCUGGUCGCCCCUGGUGGGCGAGGGGAAGAGUCCGUUGUUGAUUGCGGUGGGCACCAACUUCGGCACGGUGUGCGUGUGGACGUUGCCCGACAAGGAGGGCGAGGACAACGUGCCGCAGAUGGUGAUGAACUGUCAGGGACAUUCGUACAAUCCGGUCGUCAGUUUGUCCAUAGACGGAAGCGGCACCAUGUUGGCCAGUGGCUGUUUGAAGGGUCCGACUGGGGUGGUCAAUAUUUGGUCCCUGCACGACGGCAGUUUGGUGUACACCCAAACUGGAAGCGGCGGCGUCGACAGUAAUGGCAUGACUUGGGUGACCGACAACAACGCCUUAGUGAUAGCGUUCUCCCGUUCUAAAGACAUUUCCAUCGUGGACUACAGCCUGGAGGAUUUGACCAAAAAUCUACCCCUAGCAGCAGCAAGACGUGCCCUAAUGCGUAAAGGCAUCUGGGGAUUCAAGGAGGCUCCAUUCUUCAAAACACUCGUAUCAAUUCUUCCUACCAUAUUGCUGGACCAAUACAACUCGGAGAAGCUGGCGGUUUUGAUCGGCAGCAACUUGAUGCAUUCCAUGUACUUGAAAAGCUUGACUUCGUUGUCCUUACUGUUAGACUUAGACAAAGUUAUCUGUUACAAACUGAAGCCGUUCAACAACAAGCACGAGUCGGACACCUUGCCCGACUAUCACUGGUUGCAUACGUUCAGCCUUGCCACGCAAAUAGCCGACGGACUGAUAAAGCGCACGAACCUCCCCGACGACGUGGUCAACCUCAGCCAAGUGCUCAACGAAGACAUCCAACCUUCAGCGGUGCAAAACGUCUACUGGUCCGUAAAGCAGGACGAACAGAUCAUCCAGUGGGUGACCCAACGCCCCCAGGACUGGCAAAUCGGCGGCAAAUGCAAGGCGUUCAUGUGGGGCUCCGACCGUCACGGCCAACUCGCCGAGCUGGGUUACAGCGCCUCGGUGCCCGCCGCCGUCGAAUCCUUCUCGAUAGCCAGGAAGAUUAUCUGCGGCCAGAACUGCACGUUCGUCAUCCAGGCGAACGGCACCGUGCUGGCGUGCGGCGAGGGCAGCUACGGACGGCUCGGUCAGGGCAACUCGGACGACCUGCACUCGCUUAGCGUCAUAUCCAGCCUGCAGGGCUUCGUGAUAACCGACCUGGCCACUUCGGUGGGUUCGGACGGGCACAGUCUGGCGUUGGCGGAGAGCGGCGAGGUGUUCUCGUGGGGUGACGGCGACUACGGGAAGCUUGGGCACGGGAACAACGACCGGCAACGCAGGCCGAGGCAAAUCGAGGCGCUGCAACACGAGGAGGUGAUACAGGUGGCGUGUGGGUUCAAGCACAGCGCCGUCGUCACCAGUGACGGUAAGCUGUACACCUUCGGCAAUGGGGACUACGGCAGGCUAGGUCUGGGCUCCACCUCCAACAAAAAGUUGCCUGAACGCGUCACCUACUUGGAGUGUCAUAAGAUUGGGCAAGUAGCCUGUGGGUUAAAUCACACCGCCUGCGUUUCUGCCGACGGUAUGACCGUAUGGACUUUUGGAGACGGAGACUAUGGCAAGCUAGGUCUGGGCCACACCACCACCAAGUCGAUACCCCAAAAGGUGGAAAGUAUGUGCAAUAUUGGUAUUAAGAAGGUCGGCUGUGCAAUACACCUAACUGUCUUCCUGACGAAAACCGGCAAGGUCUUCGUAUGUGGAAUCGAUAGGUUACCUUGGAAGACCCACGCACGUGAAAUGUCGGACUACAAACCUCAUCAACUGAUGUCACUGUCCGAGUACUUCGUUGAGGACUUCGCCAUCGGUACUGAACACGUCUUAUUCCUGACUUCCUGCAGCAAAGUCUUCGGCUGGGGCAUGAACAGCGAGUCCCAACUAGGCCUGCCACACGUGUCCUUGGUCAGGGAGCCUGAAAUCAUCACAGAACUAUCAAACAAAGGCAUCAAACAAAUAUCAACUGGUCGUAGUCACAGUGCAGCCUGGACGGCACUACCUCUUCCUCCGAGGACACCUGGAGUCACCAGGCCUCUUACUUUCGGCAUUCCCACUCAAAUUCCCACUCAAUACGAUCACCUCAAGGGACUGUCGAUUAAAAGCAUUCAAAGCCGCCUUAAGUUCCUUUAUAACUUUUCGGAUAAGCUGUACUCCUGCUGGACGUUGAUGCCUUUGUGCUCACAGCAGAAUGACAUGCAAAUCCCACCGUUGGAAGGCUUAAUAUCAACGAAACUGAGGACUUUGCUUGCACCUCGUGUCUACACCUUGCCUUUUGUGAGGUGCAUUGGUAAAACGAUGGUGCAAGGCAAGAAUUAUGGGCCUCAGAUCAUAGUCAGACGAAUUUCCCAGGAAGGCCGCAAAUGCAAGCCAAUCUUCAUACAAAUAGCCAAGCAAGUGGUGGAGAUGAAGCCCCAAGACCUACGUCUACCCUCCAGGGCUUGGAAGGUGAAGCUGGUGGGCGAAGGAGCCGACGAUGCUGGAGGAGUGUUCGACGACACGAUAACCGAAAUGUGCCAAGAAAUCACCACGGGAGUGGUACCUCUGCUCAUUCCAACGCCCAACGCCUUAAACGACGAAGGAUUCAACCGCGACAAGUACCUGCUCAAUCCCCAGUUGACUUCGUCGCAGCACAUACAGUGGUUUAAAUUUUUGGGGAUACUUUUCGGCGUGGCGAUAAGGACGAGGAAGCCUCUGGCGUUGCCGCUGGCGCCGAUUAUAUGGAAACUGGUCAUCGGUGAACCGGUCACCAUAGAAGACUUGGAAGACGUCGAUUGUAUGUACGUACAAAGUUUGCGCAGCAUAAGGGACAUACACCUUUCCGGAGUUACCGCCGAGUGCUUCCAUGACGUCAUUCCAAUUGAGCACUUCGAAGGUACCAGUUGUACCGGCAAGAUUAUGCCUUUAGGACAUGGAUGUCAGAGCGUCGCCCUAACUUUUGAAAACAGGAGCCAAUACUUUGAGCAAGCACUAAAGUUCAGACUGCAGGAGUUCGACCUACAAGUGGCGGCGAUUAGGGAAGGCAUGGCGGGCAUUAUACCGGUACCACUGCUGUCUUUGGUGGCUUCCGACCACAUGGAACAGUUGGUGUGCGGCAUGUCCCACAUUUCCAUCCCAGUUUUAAAGAAAGUUGUCAGAUACCGGGAACUAGACGAAAACCACCAGUUGGUGCAAUGGUUGUGGAACAUAUUGGAGAACUUUUCGGACGCCGAAAGGGUGCUGUUCAUGAGAUUCGUUUCGGGACGUUCUAGGUUGCCAGCAAACUUAGCCGACUUAUCUCAGCGUUUUCAGGUGAUGAAAGUGGAUAAAGCCAUGGACGGCUUGCCGACAGCUCAGACCUGCUUCUUCCAGCUACGUUUGCCUCCUUACAGCAGCGAAGAAAUAAUGGCAGAGAAGCUGCGGUACUCAAUCAACAACUGCCGCUCCAUCGACAUGGAUAAUUACAUGCUGGCUAGGAACACCGAACAUGGCGUUGGUUCUGAUGAUGAGUACUAACCGUUACAACACAAGGCUGAUCCGUUUAUUGAAUUUAUUUAUAAAUUAUUGUUUUAUUAAAUAUUUUUAUGCAUAUUAUUGAAUUGAAGAGUGUGAUCUUUGGAUAGCAAAUAAAUUUAUUAAAUAAAUUGAUUUUUAAUCAUGGA